AUGACGGUUUCUGUGCACUUGCCCGCCUUCUGGCCAUCAUUUGGCUGGGUUGAGACCCUUACCAGCCUCAGCUUGGGUUGUGCAUUUCUGGGAGCCCUCGUGAUUUGGAGACGCCUCUGCCUUGACCCCUUAGCCCAUUUCCCCGGUCCACUGAGCGCCCGCUUCAGCAAUUUCAACUAUUCCAAGAGUUACCUGGGCGGUCGCCAGCCUUACGACGUGCUCAAGCUCCACGAGAAGUACGGGCCGGUGGUUAGAGUUGCGCCGAACGAGCUGUCGUUUGAUACUUCACAGUCGUGGAAAGAUAUCUAUGCGCAGCGCAAGGGCCAUGGAACCUUCAUCAAGAGCGCCUUCUACGACGGAGGCAACUUCGCCGACCAGGCUCACUCCAUCGUCAGCGAGAGGAACCCUGAAAAGCAUGGCGAGAUGCGCAAGUUCAUCUCAAACGCCUUCUCUGACAGAUCCCUAAGGGAGCAGGAAGGUUUGGUAACAGGUGUCGUCGACCAAUUUAUCGACCAGAUCGGCAGACUCGGCGUGGUGCCCCACAGCGUGGACAUGUCGCUUUGGACGCAUCUUCUGACUUUUGACAUCAUCGGCGAGCUAGCUUUCGGUCAAACUUUCGGCGGCGUCGAGUCCGGCGAGCAGCAUGCUUGGGUCGUGGCCGUGGUCGAGAGCAUGGCCCAGGCGAGCCUGUCAGACACCUUGCAACGCUUCCCAAUCUUGGGCCGCGUGUACCUGGCAAUGUAUCCGAACUGGCUUAAGAAGCUUCUGGUGGGUGCUGAGAAGCAUCAGGAGUUCGUCAUCAGUCUGGUCAAAAAGAGAAUGGCGGCCGUGACCGACAGAAAGGACUUCAUGAGCCACCUCCUGGGUCAAAGGGAGGCUGCGGGCAUCUCGGACAUUCAGCUGUCUGCCCACGCGUCAGACUUUGUCAUCGCGGGUAGCGAGACGACCGCCACGACGCUAGCGACCGCAAUCUAUUACCUAUGCCGUCAUCCAGAGAUACUCCAGCGCCUGCAGCUCGAGAUCCGCGGAGCGUUCAACGACUACUCGAAAAUAGACGGACGGUCUACCUCGGGACUGAAAUACUUGACGGCAGUAUGCCUUGAGGCGCUGCGAAUUCUGCCACCGCUUUCGCUGGCCUUGCCCCGUGUGGUUCCUCCGGGCGGAGAUCUAGUAGACGGGCACUUCAUCCCGGCUAGUACAAUCGUCGCGACCGCCCCGUUGGCUGCUAGCAUGAACCCCAAGAGCUUCAACGACCCAUGGAAGUUCGACCCCGAACGGUGGCUCGCGAUGUCACCGGCCGACCAGCUGGAGGCUACCCAGCCUUUUUCUCUUGGAACGAGAUCGUGCCUUGGGAAAGGACUCGCCUGGCUGGAGAUGCGCCUGACACUCUCCAAGAUGCUGUUCAAAUACGAUUUGAGACUCGUAAACAACGAUGUGGACUGGCACCGCGAUAUGCAGAUGCAGUUGCUGUGGAACAAACCCCGGUUGAUGGUGCAGUUUGCCGCUGUUUGAUGAGGAAAGGUCCGUCAGGUCCGUCCUGCAGUCAACAGAUUGGACUUAGGCUUGUUGAAGCCAGACCCACAGCAUUGUACUGUAUUGUUAGACUAGAUAUUCGAGGGGAAGUCAAGCAUCAAAAACCUGGA